GCCUAUCGCGCAGGACGACCCGCGGAACAUCCCCGCAACGGGCGACACGGACAUGAAACGCGCGCGAUCGUCUUCCAUCGACAGCGACGCCGCCUCUGCGGGUGCCGCCUCCAGCUCGCUGGGGCUCGGGCGCGCUCCCUCGUCCUCGUCCACCACCUCCUCCUCCGCCGUGGAGGAGUUCGAGGAGCCCGCGGCGAUGCCGCUGCUCUUUCUGCUGACCCCCGUCCUGUCGCUUGUCCGAGAGGAGGAAACGUUUGCAGAGUCCCUGCGACGACUCGCAAAGGAGAAGUCGGCGGAUCCGUUAGCGCGGCUGACGGAGCUGCACAGCGCAGCCAUGGCGCAGUACGAGCUGGUGUUGAUGAACAUGACGCGAGAGGCUAUUCUGUUGAAGGCGGUCACAGAGGCGCGACGCACGGGUGCCACGCUGCCGCCUGUGUGGAUGCUGCGGUGGACGGCGAAGCCAGCGGUGGAGCACGGCCCCUUCACCGACGACGUCGUCCAGAAGUGGGGACGUGAGGGCUUCUUUGCCAAAAAGGAAGGGGAACUACGCGACAUUAACGCGGUGAAUCCGGCAUGGCUGCCCGCACUGAAAGCUGUGGAGGACCUGUGA